GAGGUGUUCAGUCUUCAGUCUACCAACUGGUCUCUGUUACUUCAUCUUUGUCUCUGAGGUGUUCAGUCUUCAGGUUAUGAUGGGGGUGUUGAAGCUUCUCUCUGCUCUCUUUCUUCUUUCUCUCCUAUGUCCUGGACUCUCUGAAGUGGAUGGCGGCUUCAGAAAAAAUUGCAAGGCGUUCUUUCUGAAUGGGGUAACUCCAUAUAUUCCACGUAUUUUGGAACAAGGGACUGUCCCAAAACCGAAUCUGAAAAGCUACAAGCCAAUCUGUCAGUUCUACAAAAAUGACUACAGGUUUGCGACUCUCUACGACAUGAACAACAAGAUCCCCAUGUUCUCAGCCUACAAGUUCACUGGUGGCAGAGGAUCGGGAAAUAAUAUAGAUGACACAUGGAAGAUAGAGCCCCAGCUCGAAAAUAAAAAUGCAAUUAAAUCAAUGGCUGAGGAGUCUCAGGGUGCCCAAUAUACACAUCAGGCUGUAGACCAGGACUACAAAAACGUAAAUACAGAUCCCCUUGUGAAUAGAGGUCACCUGUUCCCUGUUAUGCACGCUGAUGGUGAUGAUGCCAAAGAGUCCACCUACACCCUGACCAACAUUGUACCCCAAGUACAGACCUUCAAUGGAGGCAGCUGGAAGUUAAUGGAGGAAAACGUCACAAAGAUUAUGAACCAAUCUUGUAAGAAUAGUAAUAACAACACAGAGGCCUAUGUGGUGACCGGAGCAGUGCCCAGUGAGAACAACACACUGAACAACCGGGUGAACAUCCCAUCUUUCAUGUGGACCGCCUUCUGCUGUGAGAUCUCGACCAAUCAGUGGCAUUCUGGAGCACACUGGGGAGACAACAGAAAUAAGAGUAAGAAGGUUAGAACCGUUCCUCUCUCAGUGGCAGAACUGAAUAACAAGCUCACAAACAUGUACGAAAAGCGUUUCCAGUUGUUUCCAAAAGAAAAGCGUUUCCAGUUGUUUCCAAAAGAAUGUCUAAAACCGAAAGAGUCUUUUUGAAAACCAAAUGUAUAACUUAGUUAUGGUUUAGCCUCAGCAUGGAAUAUUAUUAGGUUAAUUGGAGAUAAAGUUGGAUAAUGAUCCCACUCAGGAGUAGGCUUAGAGUG